CCCACAGCAUCACCACGCGGGUGGGUGCUCUGACUGUCUGAGGCGGCGCAGGUACCUGCAGGGCCAGUGAGGAGAAUGUUAUUUAAGAGGCAAAAACUGCGGCGAUGAGGAAAGUUCGAUUUCCUUAACACUACAUUGGAAACUGAGAGGAAGGCAGCGAGGAUUGGCCUCCAGUGAUUUCAGCAGAAAAUAUCUGUAACCCGACCGUUGCUGGGGCGAGUGAUUGCUGUCCUCGGUGCUGAAGACAAGAUCCCGGGACUUUGAAUUUUUGCACCCAACCAGAUGAUUUGCCUUCAAGUCCGAGCCUUCAGUGCACUUCGCUGGACCUCUAUCUGUACUGGCUCAGCCUCUUCAGCCGAGCAGAAAGCUUAUACGGCAGCUUUAAGUAAAGAUGACUUCUUUCUUUACUCAAGAAAUUCGCCUUUCUAAAAGACAUGAAGAAAUAGUAUCACAAAGAUUAAUGUUACUUCAACAAAUGGAGAGUAAAUUCGGAGAUCAAAACAAGGAAAAAGCAUCUCAGAUUCAAGCAGCUGAGACUGCCUUUAAAAGGAACCUUAGCCUCUUAAAGGAUAUAGAAGCAGCAGAAAAGUCUCUACAAACCCGAAUUCAACCACUUCCACUGCCCGAGGUGGUUUCUCUUGAGGUGAGAAUCUUAAGGAACAAAGACUCUUUACUGGGCAUCAGUAGAAGAAUGUAUUCCCAAAUGGGAACAAUUUCUUUUAGGAAGAGCACCAUAUCCUAUUGGUGUUGAAAAUCAAAAUGAAGCAUAAAAUACUACUCGGAAUGAAACACAGCAAUAACUUCUUCACAUACUCUUUCAAAAACCUGUUUAGUAAAGCUAAAUGUUAAAGUAUCUGCAGGUAAUUGCAGGAAUUUUAGGAAUCGAAUAUAUUCAUAUUGUCCCACUACCUCUUCAAUGACAAUAAAGAUAUGAGAAUCUAACUGGCAAGUCUCAGGUUAUCACUUAGAAACUUACUACUAUAUCGAGGUCAUGAAUUUGCUUUAAAAAUGAAGUGUUAAAAACUAAUAUUGAAAGGCGGACUGAUUAUUAAAUAAAUUGCUAAAUGAG